UUGAGGAACAAACACACGCUCGCUGCGAGAAAUGGCAGACCGAGCUUCCGGACCCGAACUACAGUCUGUUCGUCUCAUUGCUUCUGCGUGUAUGACACCUUUAUCUGAUUGUUCCCCCCUUUAGGCUUUGGCGCUUUCACUGGUUGACGCCGUGUCGUGAAUUGACUGCUGAGCUCCUGAACUAUAGUCUCCGACUGUCUCGUUGUUUCCGCGUGUAUGAUACGCCUUUCUGUCUUGUUCAUGACGCUCAAACAUCUUCGGCUAUCCGGCUGGCAUGUACCGCCCUCCAAUAUCGUGUUUGGUCUAUGCGAUUCCACACGUUCCAGUGGAUUCCAUUUUUCUAGUGUAAUCGUUUUAUGUCAAGACAUUCCGGGAGCAAGCGACGCAUACAGGAUACCUGGCACACAAGCUGAUACACAUGUAUGGCCAUUGCAAAUUUAGCUUUGAUAGGUAUGAUUUGAGACACUAUGCGUGCAGC